CCGUGCUGCAGAGCUCCUCUUCUCUCCAGACACCGGGAGGGAAGCAGAGAUGCUGGGGGAAGAGGUGUGGAGGUGGGGAGAGAUUGAGCUAUCAUUAGCGUGGCACCAGUGAGGUUUCUUUGCACCAUGAUAGCAGUCGCUAUCAAAAUUGGGUGCAGUAUGCUGAAUGGCUGAGCAAGGGAAUAGAUACUGAAAGGAGCCUGCAAAGAAAAAGGAUUUUGGAGGAAAAAAAAAACCUCUUUCAACUGCACAUAGGCACUGCCCAUCACUGAGAGCUGUGUCGGGGAGUAGGAAUUGCCUGUUUAUGGUGAUUGAUCUGCGCAGCCCCUGGGAUGCUCAGGAAACGGCUUAAGGAGAAAAGAAUCGCGGGAGGAGGAGGAGGUGGAGGUUCCCCUUUGAAAACGCAUGGGCUAAUAGAAAACAUCCUGUAAAUUGUCAGUGUGUCAGCAUACAUUAAUAUCCCGGGGACGGCAGGAUCACCCUGAGAUGAGCCGCUCGUAGCUGGGGCUGGCCCCGCUGCCAGGGCUCCCUGCCCAGGGAGCAUGAGGAGCCAUCUGCCAGCCUAACGGGAAGAUUUUGUGGUGUUUUGUGGGUUCUUUUUUUGCCCCCCCUGAACCUUGUGAAAUUUCAUGUGACGGCAGAGCCACUUCCCGCACCCCCUUGCGCCGCCUCACAGCCCAGGGCCACCAUGGCGGCGAAGCAGCCCCCGCCGCUGAUGAAGAAGCACAGCCAGACCGACCUGGUGAGCAGGCUGAAGACGCGCAAGAUCCUGGGGGUCGGCGGGGAGGAUGACGACGGCGAGGUCCAUCGCUCAAAGAUUAGCCAAGUGCUGGGAAAUGAAAUCAAGUUUGCUGUCCGGGAACCGCUGGGGCUCAGGGUCUGGCAGCUGGUUUCCGCCGUCAUGUUUUCUGGUGUCGCCAUCAUGGCCCUCGCAUUCCCUGACCAGCUCUACGAAGCCGUCUUUGAUGAGGAAUCGGCGAGCAGCAAGACUCCCAUUCGGCUCUAUGGAGGAGCCCUCCUCAGUAUCUCGCUCAUCAUGUGGAACGCGCUCUACACGGCCGAAAAGGUCAUUAUCCGCUGGAGCCUGCUGACGGAGGCGUGCUACUUCGCCGUGCAGUUCCUGGUUACCACUGUCUCCCUGGUUGAGAAUAGCCGGAUAACCACAGGUGCCGUGCUCCUCCUGGUCAGCCGAGUCCUCUUCAUCCUCAUCAGCAUUUAUUAUUACUACCAAGUUGGACGCCGUCCCAAGAAAGUCUAAAUCCUGGGCUUUUUGUCAUGGGAAGGGUGGGAGGGGGGGUUUGUGUCGGUAAUUUUGUGUUAUAAUUAUAACUUUUUUUUUUUUUGGUUAGUCCCUUUUUGUUCUAAAGUGGUUUUCUUCUUUUCCACUUACCGGCAUGAAUCAGUGUGUAACUCGGUGUUGGUGGCAUUGCCAGGUGAAAUGUUGGGGGGGGGAGCAGCAUCAGGUAGGCCUCCCCCCCCCCCCCCGCCCUCCCCAGGAGGUGGUGAGGAGCAGCGGGAGGAAGGCUCAGGGAGGUGCAGGCCUGGCAGGCUCAGGGAAAAGAACCGGUUUCCCAGGGGGAACUGGCCAAUGGGAUCACAGGCUCUGAACCUGCUGGAACAAAGCACAAAAUAAGACCAGCACAUUGAAACCAAAUCCCUGAGGAGACAAGGCGGUGAGGCACCCGCCGAAGGACUCAGCUACUCCCCUCGGUAAGUCCUGCGCCUGCCUGGUGGAGUCUGCCCUCGUGUACAGCCCCUUCCCCUCUUAGCAAGUACUGACUGGCCACGCAGCCGGGGGCUGGACGGGGCUAGGUCGAGUUCAGCGCUUUGCAACCCGCUCUUCUUUCCUUGCCGCCAGAGGUGCCACCCCCUUCGUAGCUUUGCAGCGGGUGCUGUGCAAAGCUUGGCAGGAGAUAGAGCAGAAGAAGAGGGAGACCCCUUGCUGGUUCCAUUUUCAGGGACAGCACCGGGAACAGCAGAGCAGCUUGAAGUACAGUAUUUGAGAAGCGAAGGAAGCUAUUGGAAAUAGCCUAUUGAGCACAAAGACAUCCCCUUGCCUGGGAUGUUUCGUGAAGUUUCUGUCCCCUUCACCCCAGAACGCUUCCUGCAGUUGCAGCUGUGCUGAUGGUGGUAGUAGUAGCGGUGGGUGUGAGAGAGCUGCUGAUGCUUUAGUUAAGCAGGGGCUGGAGUGCUGUUGUGUUUAGCACUAGUAAGAGCACAGAGCGAGCGUCAGUACAGCUGCUUGGGUUCGGUGAGCAGCCUCUAGAGAUGAGCCCCAGCAGUGGGAGAUGGUGUUCCAGCUCUGCUGAUGUGCAGACAUCACAUCUCUUCUGACUUUGAGAAGAGAGGACCAAAGUUUGUAGCAUUAAGAUACGUAACUGGGAUGAAGAACAGCAAGGAGCGUGGCGUAUGAACACAUCAUUGCCUUUUCUAGCUCAGUCAAGGACGGACUAAAUAUGCUUUAGUACUCACUGGCCAGUUUCUCCAACACCUACUGGGCUGAAAAGCCUUGUCUGCCCUACUUCCUAGCGCUUUCCUUGGGGCUUAUCCCUGUCCACAGCUGGAGUCGGCAUUUUUUUGCUCUCCAUGGAACUAAAGCCAGAAGGUCUGUGUACAGGAUCUGGACUUCUUACUCAUGCGCUACUGCUGACUGGAUCAAAGUGUGCCCUGGAAUAGAGCUGAUUUCCCAAAAUCCCAGUGAAAGAUGCUUACGCAAACAGAAGAGCUUGUGGGAACAACAGCCCUCGAGCCACUGGUGAGACUGGGAUCUGCGGCUAUUGCUGUUUAAUAUCUUAGUAGAGUUAGAAGAAGGUAGUGGGUAGUUACUGUAUGUUGUGUUAGUGCUUUUGGCGUUUAGAAGCAGCUGCGUAAACUUGGGACACUGUGUGCAUUGUACCUAUUGGCCAUGCAAAAUGUCUGUCAGGCAAAAAUAUUGGAAAUAGUUGAACCAGGAAACAUUACAACAACUUUUUUCCGAAGAAGCAAAUCAAAUGGAGAGGCAACAUCCAACAGCAAGCUAAGUUCUGGAGCCUCCCAAGAACACACGCCUGCCAAGCUGCUUUCAACAUGUCCAAAAUAUGAUACUGAGCAACUAAAACGUGUAUUUAAGAGGAGCCUUCCUGUUCAGGUGGAAGAGUUGGGCUCUAAGAGGGAAACCUUUUCCCCAUGAGGCAGGAAAUGAUCAAGUGCAGCCUGGAGAGUGUCACAAAUUAGACCGCGCGGUGCUGCGUGUGGGAGCUGGAGCGUGGCACGCUGUGGCCGCUGCUCUCACCCCGCUCAGCCCUGCAUGGGCAGCUGCAAUGGCUUCAGGGCAGCACUUCGGCUGUAGUUGUUGGUAUAGGUACGUGAAGCUUUGAUUCUUUGUGUUUUGGGGUCACAUGAAUGUGUACACAGACUGUUGGUUUUUGGGGGGGGGUGGGAAAUUGUGUUUCUAGGAAAGACAAAUAAAACUGACCACAGCAAAAGCAAUCUUGCAGGAGAAGGAAAUGGAGGGUCUUAAUGCUGUCCUCCCAUCUGUGAUAGCCGCACGUCCUAGGAACUUAGUUACAACUCGGGGUCUGUAGAUGGCUGCCUCAUCAGCGUACCUUAAAAUGUCACCCAGCAGGUGAGAGAAAUGAGUAACUGCACUAUGUGAGAGCAGUUCUCCGAAGACUUCUUGAUGGUUAAAUCAGGUGGGAGGGUGGGGGAAGCAGUUACAGGUUUCCAAAGGAUCUUCAAAUCAGGUGAGGUCGGGUUCCUCUGGUCCCCUGCUUAGCAGCUGCCUCUGCAAAACUUAGAACAGUGAGCCGCUUCUAGUUUUGCCAGUCAAUGUCUUCUGCUCCAACACAGAGCAAAGCCUGGGGAAGUGGCCGUGAAAGAGAUUUCUUGCUAGUCCUGAAGGGGGAGAGAUUCCGUUGUUUUAUUUUCAUGCUUCUUGCUCCAUCAUACUACAAGUGGACCAUGUAGAAACAGGAUAAAUAUGGCCAGGCCCACUUUAGGAGGUGAAUUUGUGGCAGGUGAGGUCCAGGGGGGAAUUUCUCAGGGUGGCUUGAGGAUGGAGCCCCUGCAGGGCUGCCAAAAAACCGACUGUGGCUGGUUGUCUUCACUCUGGUGUGAAUGGGGGAAGAGGAGGAGGAUGCUGAAGCAUUUGUACAGAACUGCAUCCCGGAGGACAGAAGUGCUGGCAUCACAGCUGCAGGUGGCAGUUGAGCAUAUAAUUUGGGAUCCAAAGCCUGAGGCAUCACUUCAGGCUCCGCUACUGAUCUGCUGAGGAAAAAAAACCUCCAUCUUCACAGGCCUCGUUUUCCUUCUCUGUUAAACUGCGCGAAAGGCCUUGGACUGAUGUCAUCUCCCGCAGGAGGCAGUUUGCAAUGAAGUACCUGCUUGCAUUUGUCUAACGUUGUGCAGGGCUGGGAGUCGUGUUCCCUGGAGGGUUGCGCUCUGAGCAGCCACAGGCCGACCCCCUUUCUCUGUGUGAGACGGACCCAAACCCUUGUGUUACAGAGCCCUCGCUUUUGAGGGUGAAGGAAAUGCAUCAUUCACAUAUAACUCCCUCCAUCGCCUUAUUUACACCUAACCAAGAUCUGGCAAACUGGAGCUGGUGACAAAGGAGAGGCUCUGUCUGUCUUAAGCUGGCCUCUCCUUUCUGGUCAAGGGUUUUUACUUGGGGUGGGGGGACAGGGGAGAAUGGGACACUUCAAUUUAUACCUCAUUUUAGCUGCUGUACCUGAGUUUAUUCUUUCUCCUCUGGUAAGAAAGUGACUGUACUUAACACCAAGAAAAUAGUGAAAAUUAAAGCCGUUUCACUUCACUG